AGGGAAGUAAACCCAUUCAUGUCUCUUCCGCUUUUUCUCUAUAUAUAGAGAGUUACCUCACUUGGUUAUGACACAAUACUAGCCUGUUCUAGUGCAUCUCAUUCCAUACGAACUCCUGCCUGUGACUAUUCUUUAGUUUUUCUAGUUCUCAUCUCAGGAUCACGAAAAUGUUUGGACACCAUCACCAACACCAUGAUCAGCCCGCUCAACCCCCCCAUGGAAGUGGUCCCUACCCUCCAGCUCCCUUACAAGGAGACACUGUGAAGAUCUACUGCGAGGCCAAUCCUGACUACUGUCUUGCCAACUUCAAUGGCCAGGUCGCCAUGGCACCUGCUAAUGAGUCUGACCCAAAUCAGCAAUGGAUCAUGGACACUUCAUGGGGCGUGAAGGUCAAGGAUGAAGCGGGUUUCCCUGCAUUUGCCUUGGUGAACAGGGCUACAGGCCAGGCUCUGAGGCAUGGACGUGCAGAGAAAGAAAGGGUUACCUUGGGUCCAUACCACCCCGAUGAUUUGAAUGAAGCUGUACUGUUUACUCAGAGUGCUGAUGUGGGAAGGGGGUAUCAAUGCAUCAGGCCUGUGAACGACAUUAACCUCAAUCUGGAUGCCAAGGUCGAGGAUGAUAAACAUCAUGGCGGCCUUCGAGAAGGGGCAGAGGUUGUUCUCUUCAAAUGGCACAAGAAGGAGAGCCAGAAAUGGAAGAUCACUCCAAUCUUGAGCUCAUCUCAAGGAGGAUAUGCAUCUGGUUCUUUACACCGUCCUCUUAAUGAAGAGGAGCUUCAGGGUCACGCUGUUAGGAUUUACUGUGAAGCUAAUCCAGAGUUUUUCAUGGCUGCCCAAGGCCAUAUUGCAGUGCUUGCUCUAGGAAGCCCACAUGAUCCCCACCAGCAAUGGAUCAAAGUGGAUUCAUGGGGUCUUAAAGUGAAGGAUGAAGUUGGAUUCCCAUCCUUUGCCUUGGUGAAUAAGGCUACCAAGCAGGCUCUCAAACAUGGAGAUAAGGAGUGGGACCAGAUAUACUUGGCAGAUUACAACCACAAUAAGUUGGAUGAAUCAUUUCUGUGGACCCUAAGUGCAGAUGUUGGGAAUGGCUAUCAAUGCCUUAGGCCUGUGAACAACAUCCAUCUAAAUAUGGAUGCAAAACAAGCUGAUGGUGAGGAUGGUGGAAUCUAUGAUGGAAAUGAGCUCAUUCUCUUCAGCUGGAAGAAACAAAGCAAUCAGAAAUGGAAGCUGCAGCCCCUUAAUUAGAGGAAGUAUUAUAUACCAUGCAAAUGAAGGAGCAGCAGCUGCAGCAGCUUAGAGCUGCAUUUUGCCAUAUGGACUGCAGCAUCAAAGGCGUAUAUUUAUACAUAGUGUCUAGUUUAUGUUGUGAUGAAAUGUAAACCUAGGCCUUAUGGGGUAUAAAUAGGGCAUGGUGUAUUAUGAUUGAUGUGGCCUUUGUUAAUACAUCUUUCAGUAAUGCAUCGGUUUUCUAUUUUGUUGUGUGAAAAAACAUAUAUGUGGUUAAAAUCUGGACGAUUUUACAAUUAAUAUUGUUGCUUUUUAUGAAAUUUAACCGUGAAUGUGUCUAAUAUUUGAAGUUUUA